UGGUAAGGUUUUCUCUUAAAUUUUAAAGCUCCAUUAAGGACAGACUAUUGGCAUUUGUACUGACUACUAAAUAAAGGAGUGAAAAGAAAGCCAGGAAAGGAAAAGAAAGAAUGAGACAAGUGAAAUAUAUAGCAACGCUGGUGAGCUUGAUAUUAAUUUUCAUCCCGGAUCAAACUGCUAUGAAAUAUGCAGCAGUGAACAAGUGUGGAAGAAAUGAAUUCCAGUGCAGAGAUGGGAGCUGUAUCUCUUACAAGUGGAUAUGUGAUGGCACUGCUGAGUGCCUGGAUGAAUCUGAUGAAUCACCAGAUACUUGCUUGUCUGUAACCUGCAAGCCAGAAGAAUUCAGCUGUGGCGGCCGUAUCAACCGUUGCAUCUCCUUAUCCUGGAGAUGUGACUCCCAGACGGACUGUGAAAAUGGCUCAGAUGAGGAGUUCUGCCCUCCUAAAACCUGUGCCAGUGAUAAGUUCCGGUGCCACAAUGGAAAGUGCAUCUCUCAAGAGUUUGUCUGUGACAAGGACAAUGACUGUGAGGAUGGGAGUGAUGAAGAGUCCUGCCCUGUCCCUACCUGCAGCCCUGCCAUGUUCCAAUGCAACAACUCAGCAUGCAUUCCCAAGCUGUGGGUCUGUGAUGGUGACCAUGACUGUGAUGAUGGCUCAGAUGAAUGGCCCGAGAAUUGUCAUGGGCAUGAUAAAGUCAAAGAAGCUAAACCGUGCUCUCUCCUGGAGUUCCACUGUGGGAGCAAGGAAUGCAUCCACAUGAAAUGGCAGUGUGAUGGGGAUUUUGACUGCAAGGACAAAUCAGAUGAGCAGAAUUGUGUAAAAGCAACCUGCCGCCCAGAUGAAUUUCAGUGCAACGAUGGGACUUGUGUACAUGGCAGUCGGCAAUGUGACAAGGAGUACGACUGCAAAGACAUGAGUGAUGAGAUUGGCUGUGCCAAUGUAACAUUGUGUGAUGGUCCUAACAAGUUUAAAUGCCACAGUGGAGAAUGCAUCACUCAGGACAAAGUGUGCAAUGCCCAUAGAGACUGCAGAGAUUGGUCUGAUGAACCUCUCAAGGAGUGUGGUACAAAUGAGUGCCUGGAUAACAAAGGAGGGUGCUCCCAUAUAUGUAAUGACCUCAAGAUUGGCUACGAGUGCCUCUGCCCAGAUGGUUUCCAAUUAGUUGAUCAGAAAAGAUGUGAAGAUAUUGAUGAAUGCCAGAUCCCAGAGACCUGUAGCCAGAUCUGCAGGAAUCUUGAAGGAAGUUACAAGUGUGAAUGUAAUGAAGGAUACCAGAUUGAUCCAAUCACCAAAACCUGCAAAGCAGUUGGCACUAUUGCAUACCUCUUUUUCACCAAUCGCCACGAAGUGAGGAAAAUAACUCUGGAUCUCAGCGAGUACACUAGUCUCAUUACAAAUCUAAAGAAUGUGGUGGCCCUAGACGUAGAGAUUGCCAGCAACAAAAUCUACUGGUCUGAUCUAGCACAAAAUAAGAUCUACAGUGCUGAAAUUGACCAGGCUCACAACUUCACCCACGACGCUGUAAUCAGUGAGGAUAUUAAAGCCCCGGAUGGCAUUGCAGUUGACUGGAUUCACGGGAACAUCUAUUGGACAGACUCAGUUCUUGGCACCAUUUCUGUGGCUGAUACUAAAGGCUCAAAGAGAAAAACACUGUUCAAGCAGGAAUUUGCUAAACCCCGAGCUAUUGUAGUGGAUCCUAUGCAAGGUUUCAUGUACUGGACUGACUGGGGAACUCCUGCUAAGAUUGAAAAAGGGGGUCUGAAUGGAGUUGACAGUUUCCCACUGGUGACUGAAGAAAUCCAAUGGCCCAAUGGACUCACUCUAGAUCUUUCAAAUGGACGUCUGUACUGGGUAGACUCGAAACUCCACUCGAUCUCAAGCGUCGAUGUCAACGGUGGAAAUAGGAAGACAGUGCUUGAGAAUCAAAAUAAACUAGCUCACCCAUUUUCCCUGGCAGUCUUUGAGGAUAAAGUAUAUUGGACAGAUAUCAUGAAUGAAGCUAUUUUCAGUGCAAACCGCUUCACUGGAUCUGAUAUUAAUGUGGUGGCUGAAAAUUUAAUAUCUCCCGAGGGUAUCAUCCUAUAUCACAACCUGAGACAGCCUACAGGUGAAAACUGGUGUGAGAAGAAUCAUAUUCCUAAUGGAGGUUGCCAGUUUUUGUGCCUCCCUGCUCCACAAAUCAACCAACACUCACCUAAGUAUACCUGUGCCUGUCCUGAUGGAAUGCAACUAGCAGAAGAUAUGAGAAAAUGUACCAAAGGUGCUGUAUCACCUGCUAUUUCUACCACGAGAAGCACAACACAGCAGAUGACCACUCUCACUCGAUUGGUAGCAACUGUUACAUCCUCGACGCAGAAAACCAGACUCCAGCCUUCCACUACUGAAUUAUCGAUCAAGCACCCGAAGGGUUUCCCUGAUCUUACUACACCAGAGAUGGUCACACUGUCUCAACAAGCAGCGCAAAGUGAUAUUGCUGCGGAAGCAAAUCAGGAGAAGCAAAGCAGUCCUACAGCUCUGUCUAUUGUCCUGCCACUAGUUCUGUUGAUUUUAAUUUGUUUUGGUGCCUUCCUUGUGUGGAAGAACUGGCGACUCAAGAACAUCAACAGCAUAAACUUUGACAAUCCAGUCUAUCAGAAAACCACUGAGGAUGAGAUUCAUAUCUGUAGGAGUCAGGAUGGCUACACAUAUCCUUCGAGACAGAUUGUAAGCCUGGAAGAUGAUGCUGCAUGAAAGCUACCCACAAAGUGCCUCUGCCCGAAUGCUGCUGCUCAUUUAUGGGAAUAGAAUAUAUUUUCUUUCCCCAAUUUUUUAAACAUCUAACUCACCAUAUGACAAGUUUCCUGGGUAAUUGGGGUCUCCAUACUUUGGAAGGAAUGAAAAGAGAAAUCGCAGAAGAAUGAACGCUUGGAGUAGGCUGGGUGAAGUUUGACUGUCUGCUUGGAUUUUUGUUUUAUAUAUUUAUUUUUGUAGGCAAUGCAGUCAAUCUUCUGGCAGCGGACUUCUAUUUUUCUUAUAGGGGGAGCUUUUCUUACAAAUGAAGGAGAAAGAGGAGAGGGGAAGAAAAGUGGUGAAAUGAUUCUCUGGAUGUAAGGCCAGUCAUCCCAAUCUUCUUCAAAUGGGACUUUUCCCUCCCAAGUUUAAGGGAGGUGUUUUCCUAACCAAAGGACUAACAGACAAGGAACUGCAGCAGAAGGUGAUCAGUGGACUGAUCUGAAGCAGUGAGUUUAAAAACAAAACCAGGUGCUAAUUUUGUGGUCAGUUACUAUGCACAUGCACAACACAUAUAUCCACACAUACACACACGCACAUACACACCACUCCCCUGCCCCUUUCUCAGGAGUGCAAGUGUUUACUUCUAUCUUGGAACUCUGCCGCUUAGUACAGUGCUCUGCGCACAAUAAGCACUCAGUAAAUAUGAUUGAAUAAAUGAAUGAACUCUAGGGUAGAUGACAGGGUUUAGCCUUGGUUGUGCUCAGUUCCCUCCAGAUUACAAAUCCACUCAAUUCUGAGAUGGUUGCCCAGAUAAAUUGCCCAGAAUCUAGUUUGUAGUUGUUGUCAACCAAGACAAAAUGAUUUUAACAGCAGCAGAUAAUGCCCUGGCAAGACCGUUGUCAUCAUGAUCCCUUAAUAUUUAUUGGGCACCCAUGGUGCCCAGUGGGUACCAUGCCAGGUACCAUACAGAACAUAGGAGAGACAUAGGGACCAACUUCUGCCAAUUUACACAUAUGCUCCUUACCCAAAGCUCUCUCCUUUUUUUACUCCUUUUCCAGGUGUGAAUUUUAUAUUUCUACCCAUGCGUUUCCCCCUUCCCUUGCACUUUUUUUCAGUUCAGGGUUGUAUAUUUGUAAAGUUUAUAUAUAUAUAUAUAUUUUUUACUUUUGCACUGUUUUCUCCCCCCCCCUUGUAUAUAUUGUUUUUACAGAUAAUGAGGGCUAAAAGGAAUGAAAAAAUCCCCUAUUAACAACAACAGUAUCCUUGUAUUUCCUUUGUGCUAAUGUUUUAUAGACCAGAGAGAGAUGCUGGGAUUAGAGAGCUAGCAUGAUGUCCAGGAGACAAACCAUAGUGAUUUAUAUAUUAAAAAAAAAAGAAAAUUUUUAUUGCCAUUGUCUAUUUGCUUCUAGUCUAUAUGCCAUUAUGUCUGUGCUUUCAAAAAAGCUUAUAUUGAUUAAAAGGAGAGGGUUAAUUUUUCUUUUUGGAGCCAUUAAAAGAUGUGUGCAAAUGAUGGGAAAAAAUUCAAAAAGUGGCAGCAGGUAGUAGACCUGAAGCUUAAGAGAAGAUGGCAAACUUAACGUUCCUGGUUACAGAUGGUCCCUCCUCCCCGUUAGUGGUUCGGAAGGAGUUGCAUAUGUACACUACGGAAAGACAAAAAGCACUAGAAACCCCUUUGCCUGAAACUGUGAAAGAUUUUCUUCUUCUUAAGGGUAUAAAUAAAAAAAUGUACAGUUAAAUGUUUCUUUGCACCAAAAAAAGCCUUUUUUGUGUAUUCUUUGGAGUAUCCAUUGGAAUAUAAUUUGUAAAAAGAAAAAAAAAAGGAUUUAUUUAUUAUUUUUUUUCAAAGUCAUGUUGCUGUCUUUUUAAGUUACUCAUCCUCUUUGGCUUUCUGUUGUUGAGGUAAUUUUAUUCUGAUCUUGUUGUUUGCACCUGCGUGGCAGGACCACUGCCUUUUGAAAACAAUAGCGUCCUAUUAAAUGUAGAGCUUGUCUUUGGAAUGGAUGUCAGAUUUUUAACAGACUAUAUGAAAUGUUUUUGAAACCUAAUGUCUUUGUCAUCAUCAAUUACAGUUCUAAAAUCAUAUGAUUACUUUAACAUAACACACACUGCUAUUCUGCCUCCCUGUGUUCCCUUCAUUUGAAUUCCUGAAAUAUCUCUCUGGUCAGUUCUAUUUUAUCUUUGUAAAUUAAAUCCAGAAAAAAAAUGUUUCCCCUAUUUGAAGAAAUAAAGGAUAUAGAUAUAGUGAUAGAUGCAGUUAAAGUCAUUGAGUUGUUAUUGUAGAAGUGUCUGGUAGUUUGUUCAGGGACGUCACCCUUAACCUGUGAACAGAGGGCAAACCCACUGUUAUUUUUCUGGUUGUCAAGAAGGGAUUGUCAUUCUAUAACCUGGCAGCAUGUGCUUUACAUACAUUUCUCUGUAGUAACGUUGUCAGCAGAGGCAUCGGCCAUGAACUGUCUUCUGUAAAGCUAUCGUGAUUUUCCUUCUUGACCUGUAGAACACUAUGGAUUUCUUUCUAAAAGUGACUUUGAUACUUGCCUUUAUGCCUAAAGACUUUAUCUAGCUAAAUUAUUAAAAUGACGCCAAAUCUCCAUGCACUAUAAUCUUACUCUGGCUUUGAGUUUUUGCUCAGCAGAUAUUGAUGUAUGAACUAGUGAGAACUGUUGUACUCGAUUGUUAGCCCUGAUUGUGGACACAGAUGCUGUUUCACUUGCGAGUUUAUUUUUUUACACUAGACUAAAGGUUAUUAAAGGCUUUGCGUGCCACCUCCAAGUAUGCACAAUGCUUUCAUGCUUAAUGUAAAGAACACAGCAUUGUAAAAACACAACUUAGCUUUUUAUCUGUAAAUUGGGAGAUAGCAUUCAUAGGCUGUCGCCUAUUCUGGUCUCUAUAUAACAUGAUUGUAAAUUGUAACCAAAAGUGUGAUAUGUUGUGGAGCUUAUAUCAAUUGUUGAAGAUUGGACUCUUAGUCCAGUGAUAAUUCUCUAAUGAUAAUCAUACCAAAGCCUUACAGUGUGAAGGGGCCUCAUUCAGAUUGGUUAGCUGGACAGAAGUGCCCUGUAGAUCUACUCUGGGACAUUUGAAAAGAUGUUUUUUAGUUCUAAUACUUGGUCAGGAUUCAGAGUGAAUGUUCUCUAUGAUGGAAGUGAAUGCUUAUAGGUAAAAUACCAAGUAGACACUUCCCUAGCCUAUUUUGGGAUGGGUCAAAUUAUUCUCCUUGCAGGAGACUUUGGCUGGAGGAAAAAAAAGUGCCAGCCCAUAGGACUGUACCAUUCGUGAUUUUAUUUUUAUUAUAUUUGUUAGUGCUUCUACAAAUGAUAGGGUGAGCCUCAGCAGCUUUAGUUGGAGAACUGUAGGCAUGAAUUUUUUUUAAACUCUGCAAGACAAGGUUUCUAUACAAAUUUACUUGUGAAGGGUUUUGUUAGUCCAAACUCACUUGCAACUGUUAGUAACAGUAGCCAACAAUCCCACCCUAAAGUCUCACUUAGGUAGGAUGGUUGGCGUUCUAAAGCAAGUACUCAUUCAGAAGCUAAUACCAAAAAUACAGUUCUUUCACCUCUUGCCCUCCUGCUGCAGCUUGCAGUAAGAAAGGCACGAUGGAAACAUAUGUGCUAGACUGAUUUCUUAUUUUCCCCUUCUAUUUAUUCAGUCUUUUAUUUUGGUAUUUAAGUGCUUACUAUGUGUGUCAAGCACUGUUCUAAGCACAUACAAGUUCAUCAGGUCAGACACAGUCCCUGUCCCACAUGGGGCUCACAGUCUAAAUUGGAGUGAACAUGAUUUGAUCAUAAUUUUAGGUCAGCUUCAUUUUUUCCUUCCCUGUUGUAAAUCAAAUUUUGGAAGGGAAAAAACUCUUCUACCUCUAUUUGGUAUAACUAGUGUCUCUAGUGAAAGUUCCUUCUAGAAAAGACCUACUUUCUUGAAAAUUUCAAGAGCAUGUUCCCAUCACUGUAUGAUUCUUACAAACCUACACAAAAACAUCUAUUAGUGAAGGCACAGAAUCCAUAAAACUAAUUCUACCGUAUUUUUUACAUUUAUGUCUGCCAAGCUGGAAGGCAACAUUGAGUAGGCUAGAAAUUUAUGCAAGUCCUGCCUCCUUCAGACAUGACUUCAUGAAGUCACUGAGGGAGAGAGUAGCCAUUGUUUCAGGGAGAAGGAUUCUGAGGGCCAGCAUGAGGACAUUUUCUGAACUGUGGUUUAUUACCUUUCUUAUUCUGUACCUGUUUAAAAUUGUGUUAAAUUUGUUUCAAAUUAGAUUGAUUAAAUGCAUCUUAAAAUCCA